GCCUUCCCCCGCCCUCGCCCUGCCGCAGCAGGGGCGGCCGGGGCCGGAGGGGCUGGGGCGGCCGGCCCAGCUGCUGGCCCAGCGAGAGGGUGGGAUUCGGCCAGGGAGCCCCGACAGCUUCAGGCCGGCAUCUGACCUCAGAGGCCCGGCAGGGCGGCCUCGAGCCGAGGCAGAGAGGCCGAGCUGCCCGACACUCCCAGGGCCCCCGCGUCCGAGCUGCCUGCCCGUCGGUGCAGGGGCCGCACGGCGCCGCUCGGGGGCCAGAGCGCUGCACUGCCGCGUGGCGCAAUGUGGGCCCCGCUCGCGCAGGCCGCGCGGAGGUGCGACGCCCAGAGGCUGGCGCGCGGCGAGGACGAGGCGGCGGAGUGCGGCUCGGCGGCGCCCGAGGCGCAGGAGAGGGCGGGGUGCGCGCCGGCUCGCGGCGGGCCCUGCUCUACCGAGCCGCCGUGCCGCUGGCCGCGCUGGCCGCGGCCACCGCGGCGGCUGCCGCGGUCGCCGCCCUCGGGCGCCCCGGGGCGUGGAGGCAGUCGGAGCUCUUGGAGCAGUCGGUCAUCACCGCGGUGGAGGACCUUUUCGCGGCGCAGGUUGCAGAGCAGCAGCGGCAGAUGACCGAGAUACUCGCCGAGACGGCCACUGCCCAGAGCCCAGACGAGGUGGUCGCAAUACUGAGGCGCCUGGAGGAGGCUGCGAGCCCCCCAGAGCUGACGGUGUAUCCGUAGCCGCAAACCCUACGAGGCUCACGGAGCACAGCCGGAACGACAACACCACGGGGGUCGACGAAGUUUUGGACGCCGCGACGGUGGUGGCGAACGAGACGAACACGACGUAUUCUGGGCCCAGCAACCUGGGGAACUGCAUCAUCAACAGCAUCAUGGCCACUGUCACCGCGGCCAACGCCGCCAUCGGGAUCCGGGACGCGGUGAAGUUCUGCCGGAGGGAGGGUGCCCCGCCCGGCCUGUGCGCCUCCGCCAUCACGGGCGCGACCACCUCCUUCAUCUGGCUGGGCAGCUUCCUCUCGGGCGCCGUGCACACCUGCAUGGGCACGCCCGAUCUCGGCGCCGACUGCGCCGAGGACGUGAUGGCGGUGGUGGGCAGCCUUGGCACCACCGUGCUGGCAGCGGCUCAGCUCUCGUACACGUGCCCGCCGAUGUCCAAGAACAUCUCUUUCAACGGGUACGACCCGAACAAGACUGACACGUUCGCGUGCGUGAUCGAUUCCAUCUUCGCUGCCAACACGCUGGCGAACGCCAUCCAGGGAAUCUUGAACGCCAUCAAGGACUGCUCGAACGAUCCUAUCCGCCCCGACGGACUCUCCCCCAGCGGAAUCACCAUCGCGAGCCCGCACCUUUGCGCGGCGGACGCCGUGGGUGUGGCCGCGUCGUUCCAGUUCAUGGGCAGCUUUACGGCGCAGGCGGUCGACAACUGCGCCCCGAAGUUCAACACGGACGCGCUCUGCGCAGCGGACAUCAUCGAGGUCAUGGCGGCUCUGACGGCCAUGGCCGGCAGGGCCCUGCGCAUGGCCGACGAUUGCAACCCGCGGAACCUGAACGAGUCCCGGUUCAACCCUUCGGCGGCCACGCAGCCGAGCGGGCGGGUCAACCGAUGAUGGCGGCGACCUGCUUUCCAAACGAGCGCGUCCAGAGUCAGGCCAUCUAUUUCGGACGGGCAGGCGGUCUUGAGACGCAGUCCAGGCCGCCGCCAAUGUUUACCAAGUUUAAUACUUCGGGGAUGUUUGUUUUUUUGUAUGCGAAUUGUGUCGUUGGUUUGUGAGUCAGCUAUUCGGUAUUGACGUACACGUGUUGGUUCCGUCUCUUGCACGGGCGCCACUUAAACUAUUCCACGAGCGUGGACACGCUGUUUGGCCCGAGGCUGUGGUCACGUUGUCGGUCCGACCCUUUGCUCGGGAGCCGGCGUGCCAGGCAUGUUUGCGCAUCAAAUCGCAGAUGCAUUGCUUGGCCCCAGAUGUUGCUACGCCAUGGUAGAAAGCAGUACGACGGCCUGGAUGAAGCGAGGCGUGCCUCCCUCAUUCCUCCUUGGCCUCCCUCCGGACAUCAUCCUCCCCCCCUCCUCGUCCUC